AUGGCGUUUGCAGCCGCAGACUCGGACUUGGCUGGUCACAGAAAAAAGAGUGCGCGCAAGCGCCCUGGUGAUGUUGACGUAGCUGUCCGAGUUUGUCGCAGACGCGGCGUCAAGCCCGGUGCCUGUGCUCAUCUACUGGACGCGCUGGAUGGUGUAGGCGACCCCGAAGAGUACGUGCGCAGUCGCAAAGAGCUCAGCAACAAAUCCUUGAGGGAGAGACGCUCCUGGCUGAAGCAGAAUGCUGUUGAGCUUGCUUUGCCUUUAGCGACUGGCAAGACGUUCAAGUGGUCGACUCUGUCUCCUUCCAAGGUGCUGCAGCUCAUGAGCGACAGCUGCACUAGUCAGCAAGCCAUGCUCUCCAAGACUCUGCCACCUGCCGGCGGCCCGACUCCAGUAUUAUUUUACACCGACGAGAUCGUCCCUGGCAACCCGUUGCAGCCGGAUGUUGCUCGCAAGCAUUACUGCUUCUACGUGGCCUUGCACACGACCAGGCUCCACGUCCAGCACUGCCACGCCUGGUACAUGGUGGCAGCUCUGCGAACCAAAGUGAUCGGCCAGGUUGCUGGUGGCCUCAGUGCUUGCACGCGUAUCCUUCUGGAGUCCUGGCAGCGUGACUUUCAGGGCGUCGUGCUGCGGCUCAGCCCCACGGACUCGCGUCUGUUUCAGCUACGCCUGCAUGGCCUGAUUGCAGACGAGGCUGCCAUUGCGUCCACGCUUGGCACGAAGUCAGCAAGCGGCAGGAAACCGUGUCAUCUUUGCAUGAACUUGCUGAACCACAGCGCUCUGGACCGUGCGCCGCACGCGGAAGGCGACAGAUGGCGCACGCUCAUGGAUGGCGACAUACGUGUCUUCGAGCAAACCAGCAAUGCUCAAGUCUGGCAUGCUGUAGACGAGCUGCGCCGCCAGCAGCCUCUUCUGUCCGCCGCGGCCUUCGCUGAGUUGGAGAAGAAUCUCGGGUUCAGGUGGGAGCCUCAUGGUGUCCUGGCCAGCCCUGCUUUGAGAGCACACUUGCCACCCAGGAACUGCAUAUACGAUGUGCUACACAACUUUUUCUGCGGCGGCAUCGUUUCCGAAGAGGUCGCCCUGUUCACAGGCCGCCUGGAGAGCCGGGGGCUGCGCCGCACUGACUUGCGCGGCAUGCUGCAGAACGCGCAGAUCCUGAGCCGGCAUGAAGGCUCCAGUCUACACGGCUUGCUCCGGAACCUCUCCACUCCUUUCUUCGCCGCCAAAAAUUGGAAAGCCCAAGGGUCCACACAGAGGGCGUUGCUCCCCCUGCUUCACUUCUGGUGCUGCACCUACACGGGGCCGGUCAAAGAAGCUCUUGCCCAAGAGUUUGCUUGCUUUGAGCUGCUCUGCAGACGAGUCGCUGUCCUGGUACAACUUCAGUUCUGCCAGCAGGAGUGGCUCCUCCAAGACCUGAUGCGCUUGCAAGCCCAGCACCACGACAAGUUCUUGGCCACCUAUGGCCACAGUGCUUGCAAGCCGAAGCACCAUUACGCCCUUCAUCAAAAAGGACAAUGCGCACAGUUCAGCCUUACCCUAUACCUACCUGAAUCUCUAGCACUCCCUGGAGGAAAUCCCUCAUUGUACAUGGCCUAUAGCACCCUGGUAACACAUCUCACACCCCUAUACUGUGUGGCCCAGUCUCCUGCGCAGGACAGUUCGAGCGAAGUCGUGCUGUGGUAG